CAAUUUUGCCACCCCCGCAACGGCCUCUGCUUUCUCGCUCUCUCUGUCUGAGCAGCGGACAUGGCAGCCUGCGUCGACAAGUGGCAGCCGGCGGCGUACCCGUGCCGCCUCCCGGAGAAGUUCUACUGCCUCUUGCCGGACUGCACCACGGACCGUCCGGUGGCCGUGGCGACGGCCGCUAGUGGGAGCACCGGCGACCGCGUGUGGGACGUGCUGCGCGCCGAGGCGCAGGCCGACGCGGAUGACGAGCCGCUCCUCCGCAAGUUCUACCAAGACCUCGUCCUGUCGCGGCCGUCGCUGGAGGCCGCGCUCGCCUCGAUGCUCGCGGCCAAGCUGUGCAUCCCCGGCGCGCUGCCGCAGGACCAGCUCCGGGACCUCCUCGCUGGCGCGUUCGCCGCGCACCCAGAGGCCGGCCGCGCCGCGCGAGCCGACCUGGUCGCGGCGCGCGACCGCGACCCAGCCUGCGCCAAGAUGGUGCACUGCUUUCUCUACUACAAGGGCUUCCUGGCCCUGCAGGCCCACCGCGCGGCGCACGGGCUCUGGUCCGACGGCCGCAGGGCACCGGCUCUCCUCCUCCAGAGCCGCGCCUCCGAGGUGUUCGGCGUCGAUGUCCACCCGGGGGCACGCAUUGGCUGCGGCAUCCUGCUCGACCACGCCACGGGGGUCGUCAUCGGUGAAACGGCCGUCGUCGGCGACGAUGUGUCUAUCCUUCACGGGGUGACGCUGGGCGGCACGGGGAAGGAGUCCGGCGACCGGCACCCCAAGGUCGGGGACGGGGUGCUGAUCGGCGCCGGGGCGAGCGUGCUCGGCAAUGUGCACAUUGGCGACAGAGCGAAGAUCGGUGCAGGUGCAGUAGUUCUACGGGACGUGACGGACGGGACCACGGCAGUCGGAAACCCGGCCAAGCCGAUCAUCAAGAAGGCGGCGCCGCAACGGCGGCCGGAAGAGCUUCCUGGGGUAACCAUGGAGCAGAGAUGGUCGGAUUGAACGGUUUGAAUGGCGUGUAGUACAAGAGAGUUUCCCUCCAAAAGUUAUUUUCUGGUCGAUGACUCCUCUUGUACAUGUCAUAUACUCUAUAGAGAUUAGACAAGUAUUUGGCCUAGGAAGGAGCUCAAUUAGCAUUGAGCUCUUUCAUGUCAAAACUGUUUUCUUGCUUCGUUCUAAGGAAUAACAGAAAACGCAGCUGAUCAGCUAUUGCCUCCUUGUAAGUAUAGUUGGAGUUCAUCCUCUUUUUAUUCUUU